AUGAAGAGGUCUUUCUUUGAUUACUUCUCCAAUCUUUUCAAUAGUCAAUCGGAAUCCAGACUUAAUGUGGAUUGGCAGUCCCUUUACCCUGAGGGUAACACUGAUCUCUCUUCCCUUAACAUCCCUUUCUCUCCAGAGGAGAUCAAAUAUGCGGUGUUUGAGCUUCAUCCUGAUAAGUCCACAGGACUAGACGCCAAUAGAUUGAGCAAAUUCCUUCAUCUUCUUGUGGAUGGUUCUCAAUCUGCUUUUCAAAAAGGUAAAUCUACCUUGGAUUCCAUUCUUAUAACCCAUGAGAUGAUUAACUUCUGCUCCUCUAGUAAAAAGGAAAUAUGUGCUAUUAAAGUUGAUUUUUUCAAGGCCUUUGAUUGUGUCAACUGGAGUUUCCUCUUAUCCCUCAUAGAAGCUAGAGGUUUCAGCCCAAGAGGUUUGAAACAAGGGGAUCCGCUAUCUCCUAUGCUUUUCCUUUUGGUAGUGGAUGUGCUUAACAGAAUGCUUAUCAAUAGCGCUGCCGCUGGAGAUCUAUCUCAGCUCAACCUCAAAGGCGAACUGAACAAGAUAAGAUCCCUUCAAUUUGCGGAUGAUACAACCAUCUUUUCCAAAGCACUUCCUACUGAUAUGAUUACUUUAAAGGCCAUCCUGCUUAUCUUUGCUAAUAUUUCUGGCCUGAGAGUUAAUCAUAUCAAAUCAAACCUGUUUUACCUUGGCAAAUUUCCACAUAAAGGGCCUCAACUUGCUAAUCUCCUCAACUGUUCGGUUGGCUCCCUUCCUUUCUCCUACCUGGGCCUCCCUCUCAAGUUUGGUUCUCUUUCCAAACGAGAUUGGCAACCUCUCCUAGAUUCUUUCUCAAAAAAACUUUCUCUUUGGAAAAGCAGAUCUCUGUCUCUGGGCGGUAGAUUGACCCUCCUUAACUCUGUUCCUUCUUCCAUUCCUCUGUGCUACUCAUCUUUCUUCAAGUUGCCUAGGUGGCUCAUCAAAGCAAUUGACAAAAUUAGGAGAAAUUUCUUAUGGAAUGACAAUCAUCAAUCAUCCAUAGUUAGAAACUUGGUCUCCUGGGAUACUGUCUGCAGGCAAAAAAAGGACGGAGGCCUGGGUGUUAUUCAAUUAGAAUCAUUUAACAUCGCUCUUCUAUCAAAAUGGAUCUGGAAGUUUUUUGAUAGAGAGUCUCUUGUCAGUAAAGUGGUUUUCUCCCUAUAUUCUAAAGAUGGUGCCAAUCUUGUUGCUCAUAUUCCCACCUCCCAUGCUUCCAAACUUAUCAAAGAUCUGCACUCCAUUCACCGGAUUUUUUUUAGCUUUGCUAGAUGGAAUAUUGGUGAUGGUCGAGCAUGCAUGUUCUGGAUAGACAAGUGGACAAGAGGUCAAUUCUCUGUUAAAUCUUUAUACUCUGCCUUGACUUCUGGGGGUAUUAACUCUGUUCUAUACAAUUUUAUUUGGAUAUCUCCGAUUCCUCUGAAAGUGAAGACCUUCUUUUGGAUUGUUAGUAAGCAUAGGCUCAACACCAGGGCAAAUUUGGUCUCUAAAGGUUGGUCAGGAGACCCUCGAUGCCCAUUCUGCUCACUAUGUAUUGAGGAUCUGGACCACCUUUUCAUUAAAUGUCCCUUCGCCAUCUCCGUUUGGUCUGCCCUUCUCCCCAACAACAAUCCAGCUAGCUGGCAUCAUCAUUUGGACGAUUUGAUUCUUUUCAAGGAUAAUCACGGGCAUUCUAACGAUAUCAAGCAAGUUUGGAAAGUUCUUCUACCUUGUUGUUGUUGGUGGAUUUGGAAUAGUCGUAAUUAUCUUAUUUUUAAAGAUAAAUUGCCUAAUCCUGAUAAGCUUGCAGCUAAUAUAGCGAGAUACACUCUGCUAUGGACAGGUGCUGAGGAAGAUCGGCUGGCUAGAAGGAUUCAAAAAGCUGCAAUCAAGCUAAAGUUUGAAGAAAUUGCUAGAAGGAAAGUAGAAGAUGAUGUUGGAGACAACUUUCCGCAAGAUUAA